AUAACGUGCAUGCGCAAAUAUAUUUGUUUAUAUGCAAAAAGUUCAUUUUUAACUGCAUUUAAAAGUGUAUUUUGAUGUUGUUUUGUUAGUACAUCAAUUUGUCGCCCCUGGUUUUCAAAAAAAGAGAAACAUUUUUUGCUUCAAUUGGUAUUGAUUUUAUAUUCAUUUCAAUUCAUACGAUUGAAACAUCGUUAUAUCUGUUUGGAAAAGCUGAGCUUAUGAACAAAAUUGUGUCAAAAUAGUGUUUGAAAACAGACCAGAAAUUGAAACAAGUAAAUUUAUCAUAAAUUGAUUGCACUUGACAUAAAGAAGUGGUUAUUUGGACAAUGGGGGAUCCGAAUGACAUGGACACAUACCUCAUCCCUUCGGAAGCAGGAUUGAAAGAGGUUGAGUUUGAUGAUGUCCCAACUACACUCGGAGGCAGCAGACGUGCUUCCACCCGACCAGGGACAAGACAAGGGGAGGGUGAGGUGGAGGGGGAGGGGGAGGGAGAGGAGGAUGAUGCCCCCCAUUUGGACGAGUAUCUGCUGUUGAAGUUGGCCAAGGGGGGCGAGUGGAGCAGCAUGUUCAAGUAUCUCCCCAUUGUCCAGAUGCACGAUCCAGCACUCAGAACCCAGGACAAGAACUCUGGGUGGACCGUGCUGUUCUACGUGGUGGCCAGCAGUCAAGUGGAGAUUUUCUUCCGUCUGGUGGAGUCCGGCGCAGACAUUCUACACAGGGCACAUGACGGUAGGUCCAUCUGCCACGUGGCCGCCCAGUUCGCCUCCUAUGACAUGAAUGUGUCAGUUGUGAAUCAGUUCAGACCCAAACAACUCAUGCUUCCCACACAUGGUCUGGACUUGACCCCUAUGCACUAUGCGUGUGUGCGGGUGGGCUUAGGACUGGACAUCUGCCGUCUCUACUUCCGGGCAGGCAAACAACACAGACUCACGGAAGACGCUAGUGGCUCCAUCCCCCUGAUGAUUGCAGCCCAGGUGGAGAACCUGGCCCUGUGCAGGGAACUGUUGAUGAUCUACGCCACAGACCAAGUCACGGCUCAGAACAAGCUAUCCGGGGACACUGUGUUACACAUUGCGUGUAGAAGCAGACAGAUGGAUUUGGUGAGACUCUUCUGCGAUCAGGGAGCUCCCAUCGACGCCCAAAAUAACGAGGGCCAUACAGCACUGCACGUGGCCGCCUGGGAGGGCCAUGAGGAGAUCAUCCGCUACUUCCAGCAGAAAGGAGCCAGUGCCCACAUAUUCGACAAGAUGGACAGGAGUGCCCUGCACAUAGCAGCAGAGAGGGGUCACACGGGGGUGGUGGAGAUACUCAUCGACAGGUUCCAUGCUUCCAUCGCCGCCAGGACUAAGGACGGGAGCACCCUGCUGCACAUCUCCUCCCACUGUGGCCACCCGGACACUGCCCUCAUGUUCCUCAAGAAGGGGGUCCCUCUAAGGAUGCCCAACAAGGUGGGGUCCAAUUGUCUGCACGAAGCAGCCACUCAGGGUCACGUGGCAGUCGUCAGGAGUCUCUGCGAGGCGGGGGCGGAGGCCAACACUACCAACAAACUAGGCCACACCCCCCUGCACUUGGCGGUGGAGGGGUGUAAGCCGAUGGUGGUGCAGACACUGCUGGGAUUUGGGGCGGAUGUCCAACUGGCGGCUGGCGACUCACUCCAGACACCUCUGCACAUGGCCGCCAAGGUGAUGGACGGCGGGGAGCGUGUGGCGGAGAUGCUCGUGAAGAGUGGGGCGGAUGUGAAUGCACAGGACAGUGAGGGGGAGACACCUGUGCACGUGGCCGCCAGGUGUGGCAACAUCAAAGUCCUCCACUGUCUCCUCCAGGAGGACACCGACCCCACCAUACAGUCCCAGGCUAGUGAAGUGUCAAUCAAAGAGACACAAAAGCAAAGGGCAGAAGAUCACUGGAGUGAUUGA